ACAACGAACCAAUCAUAGAAUUAGCAAACAUGGAGGUCAAUGGCGUGAAAUAUUCCGGCAAAGGUUCAACCUGCGCCGCCGGUGGCGGCGGCGUACACAUCUGCGUCAUCCCAUUCCCAGCAUGUGGCCACAUACUUCCUCUCAUGGACUUAACCCAUCAGCUUCUUCUUCGUGGCUUAAAAGUGACAAUCAUGGUCACACCAAAGAACCUUUGCUAUCUGAACCCUCUUCUUCUUCUACACUCUCCUAACGUUCAACCUCUGGUCUUCCCUUUCCCCUCUCACCCUUCACUUCCUCGUGAUGUCGAGCAAAUGCAGGAUCUUCCGAUCUCGUUUCUUCCUCACAUAGUCGAGGCGUUGGGAAAAUUACAGCAACCCUUACACCAAUGGUUCCGAGCAAAAAGAUCGGGAAAAUCUCCUCCGGUUGCCAUUUUUUCCGACAUAUUGCUCGCUCCUUGGACUGUUAAUCUCGCUAUGGAUCUCGAUAUCCCGAAUAUCUGCUUCGUUCCGUUCAAUGUUGCUGCGGUUUAUUUCUGGCUUGGAAAACCCAGUUUCUUGUUACCCUUUUAUAGGGAAGCUUUCGGGGCGAGCAUGGAAAGCAAGGGGUUUGUUUUCAACUCAUUUAAAGACUUGGAAGGGCAAAAAAUGGGUUUAGUCGAGAAGAAGUUCGUUAGACACGGCCGUGUUUGGGGUGUCGGACCUCUGCCGCCGGUGAAUGAGAGAGGUGCGAUUACGUCAACUUCAACACGGCCGAAUGAAGUUCUUGCUUGGCUUGAUUCUUGUGAAGUUGAUGAUUCGGUUGUCUUCAUCGGAUUCGGGACACAGAUUACUUUAACGAAACAUCAGAUGAAAGCGGUGGCGGCGGCGCUGGAAGAGAGCGGCGUUCGUUUCAUUUGGUCCGUGAAAGAGCCGAUGAAGCGAGCCGAAGACGGUGACGAUGAUCAAAGCAUGAUCCCUCAAGGGUUCGAAGAUCGAGUCAAGGGAAAAGGCCUAGUGAUCAAAGGUUGGGUACCCCAAGUGACGAUUCUCAAGCACCGAGCCGUCGGUUCUUACUUGACUCACUGCGGGUGGAACUCGGCGUUGGAAGCCAUUGUUGCCGGCGUGUUGUUGCUCGCUUGGCCGAUGCAAGCCGACCAUUUUCAGAUCACGAGCCUGUUGGCCGACGAAGUUGGGGCGGCAAUCAGAGUCUGCAAGGGGUUGAGAACUGUGCCCGAUGCGACUGAACUGGCUAGGAUCCUUGUGAAAUCGACGACCGUGAAGCAAACGCAAAGAGUUCGAGCCAUGGAGUUGCAGAAAACAGCAUUGGCCGCCAUUAAAGAAGGUGGAAGUUCUUACCAGGCUCUUGAUGAACUAGUGGAACAAUUUUCUGGGUUUGGAAUUGAUUGCGGUAAAACUGACAAGAUGAAUAUACUAAGAUCGUCUAUGUAAUAUAUGGCGGCCGUUAUUGUUGCCUAGUGGUUGUCAUUCACAGAGCCACAUUAUUCCUCUGCUUCUUGUAAACUUGGAUUCGUUUGGUUUACGGAAUGUAAGAUUAUGAGAAAGAACGUAAGAUUACUAGAGAAUAUGAUUUCUGAGAAUGUUAUUUUGUUGUAUUUUGAGAAUGAAUGUAAGAUUA